UCUGAUCUUAAACCUAUGACCUCUUGGACAUCCAAUAGAAAAUUAAACAGAAACGCUGCGAGUGGGAGUGCGAUCGGUGGGAAUGUGCUUUUUGCAAUCGGAGUCUGUGACACCUUUGCAGAGAAACAAAACGGAGAGGAACGGGAAGGGAUGGAGGGCCGUUACCUGCUGGUGUUUGUCUGCGUCUGGGCCAUGGCCCGAGCUCAUCACUCAACAGGCAAUCUGUGCGAAACCAUCCGCGCCUCGCAGUCGAGCCUGCACGAUUUCCGAGGAUACGCCCACAACGCCAUCGACAGGAACCAUGACACCGACUACCAGCACGGAGCGUGCAGCAGAACCACCAUGGAGCAAUCGCCCUGGUGGAGCGUGGAUUUCUUCUACCAUUACAGAGUCUAUGUUGUAAAAAUCACCGCCAGCAGAGACGGACAAGGCGUUCAGGGAGCGGAAAUCCGCAUCGGAGACUCUGAAGAGCUCAUCGGCAGUCAAAACAGCGUCUGUGCAAGGGAAGUAACCGUUCCCGCGGGCCAGACUAAGUACUUUUUCUGUGCACCAAGAGGAAUACAUGGCCGUUAUAUGACCAUCAUCAUCCCCGGGAAGAUGGCAUACCUGUCACUGUGCGAGGUGGAAGCGUAUGGAGCGCACGAACCCAUAGACGGAGGGAAGGUGGUGUAUGAAACGGACGUGUUGGGGCAGUUUGAGAUCUUGGAUGGCGCUUGGGGGUUCGGUGAGCCGGGACAGUCCCUUCAGUGCAGUUACAAGGGAAGUCAGGAGUCCGAGCUACAGGUGACGCCCCGUGUUUACACCCUGUCUCCGCCACUGCCUGCCACUGAGGCCGGCCUCCUGCAUGGCGGCUACCGGAGCUGGUACGUGGCCGGUGACUAUCCCAUCGUGAGUGUGCUGCGGGGCCCCGUGUUCGUGGAGGUUCGUGUCCUGAACCGCAACGACCCGUCCCUUGUGCUGGUUCUCAAUGAGUGCUGGGCAACCCGCGGGCCCGAGCCGUAUUCGGGGUUCCGCUGGGACCUCCUGGUGGACGGCCCCAGUAAUACCCGGCCUCUGAGGUUCGGUGUGUUAGUGGUUAACAAGGUCUCGUUUAUUCUUCGUCCCUAUUUCCGUCUGACGGUGCUCCCAGACGAGGGACGAAGCGCCGAGGAGCGGGAUGGGACCUUGGUGAUGGUUGCUGGGCCAAUUUUCCUGGAGGACGAGGAGAACUUGUCCGCUGGACUCCAGCGGAGGACGGAGGCAACUGGCGAGUGCGCGAGUGCUGCUGCUGUUUACCCGUCCCGUGUCCUUCCUGGAGUGGCGGCCGGGGCAGCGCUGCUCUCCGUGGUCCUGCUGGUCGGCGCUGUGGCUUUGUGGAAACAGGAGGCGGGUGUCAGGGCGGCCUCCGAGGGCAGCUCCCUGGAACGACAACAGCCCAGCACCGACCGUGCACCCACUGCUGUCACCAGCCAUAGAACACAUAGUUCCUGCACUGACCCAGAGGUUCAGGGAAAACCCACAGCUUCCAGUGUUCGCUCACACCUCACAGUCGACGUGCACCGUGGGAUCCAGGGCACGUUGAUGGAGCGGGGAGGAUCAGCAGCAACGUGUGAGCCUUCAAUGGAGAGGCUGGGGAACUGGGGACGGUUCUCUUUGGAGCAGAGAAGGAUGAAGUUCCGUUACCUACUGCUGCUUGCUUCUCUCUGUGUGAUCCUUCACUUCACCAAGUCACAAGAGAGUGUGAUUACUGGAGUUCGGGCAACUCAGUCGACCACCCAAGCACAUUAUGCAGAUGCAGACAACGCCAUCGAUGGAAACCACGACACUGAAUUCAGUCACUCGUCCUGCAGCAGCACCAAUAGACAGUGCAACCCGUGGUGGAGAGUGGAUCUGCAGAGACACUACCGCAUCUACGUGGUCAACGUCACCAACAUGAACAGGAAAGCCUACAGACUGAACGGAGCCGAGAUCCGGAUUGGAGACUCGCUGGAGAACAACGGCAACAACAACACCCUCUGUGCAAAGAUCACCCACAUCCCCGCGGGACAGACUGCCAGCUUUUACUGUGAGCCCGCCGGCGUCCACGGUCGCUACUUGAACAUCGUCCAACCAAGGUGUCGGAGUUUCCUCACCCUGUGUGAGGUGGAGGCGUUUGGAACGCACGAACCCCACUGAUCCGGCUCCUAACUAUUAUCCUGUGCUUCCGGCUUGUGCAACCCUAUCCAGAUGGAGAACGGAUACAUCUCCGCAUCCCGGGCCAUCCCGGUCCAACCCCGCUUCAAGCAGCACUUUUUACAGCGAGCCUGCCCUUCAGGGAUUCCGCAGCAUAGCCAAGAGCGAAGGACAGCGGGUGGUGGGCGGUGGAAGGGGCGAGAAAGCACGACCCCAGGAAGUGGACCGGGACCAGCAGCGGACACCACAGAGCCUGGGAUACUGCCGGAACAGAGGGAGCGUCCUCUGCCCCACCACUGCCUGUCACGCACCUUUCCACUGGGAACAACGCUGGACUGUAAAGACCCCGCUCCGUCCCGGCCGGGAUCACCCCUACAUCCGCGGGGCAGCCCAGUUGGGACCUGUGUCCAAUGUUCGGGUCACCGCCCACUGACUGCGCCGAGCUUCCCUCACUCUGAGCGUGUGUAUAAUCCCCAAUCUGUGCCUUUUCUGUCUGAAUAAAUCAGCGCAACAGUUUCUGCAAA